GCCGUGUGUCACGUCAUGUCACGCUGGCCACCAGUAACGCACCGCUGUCGCAGCGAACUGGCAAUGAUGCGAAGGAAUUCUGAUCGCGCGAACUUUGUACAAAUAGUCAUAGAGUGAACGCGGUGCCGAUAACGCCGAUACCGUUCGAUCGCGAUCGUCGAAGUAAGCGCGCCUCUUUCCGCCUUUCGCCCGUCGGUUUUUCCGAGAAGAAAACGCGAACCGAUUCCGAGGAAACGGAUUCUCUCUCUCUCUCCCCCCGGCCGCGAAAGGUUUUUCCCCCGGGUCCCUGAAAAAGUCACGUAAGAGAGGAAGGACGAACGACGCUCUCCGCGUUCGUUCCCUCGGCAUUCGCGUGAACCGCCGCGUUCCUCUUCGACACGUUCCGCACGGGAAACCCAUCAGAGAGAAGUGAAAACGUGAACAGUCGAGCGGACAGACGCUCGGCCAGCAAAGCACAAAGGGAUGCCAUCAAAAUGGGCUUGGAUAAUUUUUAAUCUGGUGAUUUACGCCGCCGCUUCGUUCGAAAAUGACUCAGCGAAGGCUUUCAUAGAAUUAAUCGAGUUCGAUUACGAGGAUUCUUGCGCUAGUACAGCUGAAGCCGAAUGGACAUUCAUUAAUUUCCCGUCUAAUGAAACGUUGUCUACAUGGGAAGAGAAACUGAUAGAUUAUGCUAUAUUUAAGAACGUACACAGAAUUGAAGUUGCUAAUAAGUCCAAGAAUAUCAGUGAUCCACCCUUGAAGUACAAGUAUGACAUUGCUGUGACAAUAGGUGAUGCCCUAUUGAACCAGAGUGAUUUUAGAAAACUUGUUCGCUUUGCUGGUGCAGCAGAGUUUCAAAGGUUAUCUGCAGUGCAUAGAGGAGUAUUGAAGAACCACACACGUAAAGAUGUGGAACGUCAGCUGUCUCUUAAUAACAGUAUUGAAGAAAAGAAAAAUGUUUGGACAGCUUGGCAUCAAGAGCUGGCCGUGUUAGUUAAAAAUAUUUCAACUAUACUCCCACUUGUUGAACAAGCUGCCAAAGAAAAUGGUGCCAAAGAUGUUACAGAAUACUGGGAACUGUUAAGUGGAUUCCCUGAUGGUUACAACAAAAUUAAAUAUGAAUGGAACAAAAUUGCUGAUCUUCAUAAGAAACUAUUGAAGCAUGUAAUGAACAAUUUUUCUCACAAGUAUCAUAUCACUAUGAAUGAGACUGUCCCAGCUUAUUUACUUGGGUCGCUACAAGGAAGUGAGUGGACUCCCAUAUCAGUGGAUGCAUCUUCUGAGCCAGACUUAAUGUUCGACAUAAAAAAGAAUCUUUGGAAAAGAAAACUUCUUGGUAAAACACUGUACAAGCGUGCUUCUGACAUGGGUAUGCAACUGCUAAAGCAUGUUCCAAAUUCAGAAUUUUGGGAUAAAAGCCGUUUCAACCAACAGUGUCCAUCAAAGCUAAUUAAUUUCUGUAAAGGUGGCAACUUGAGAGUAUCCACUUGCUAUGAGCCCACUGUGAGCAAUUUUGUUUCUGCUCAUAAGAACGUAGGAAAAACUUUAUUCAAUCAGAUGUCUGCGAACAAUAUUAUAGUACUUAAUACAGCCAACCGAUAUUCCGUUUUGGAAGAAGCCGUGUCAGAACUGUUUGGCAUCCUAGCAGCUAGUCCUGCUUGGUUGAAUCAUGUCCGCGUUAUAGAUAAUUCUACUGAUAACGACCAACACCAAAUGGUAUCUCUAAUGAUAACAGCACUAGAUGUACUCCCUAGGCUAACUUACUACAUGGCCGCCGAUAUGUGGAGAAUUAAUGCCAUUCAAACAGGCAUCACCGAUUCCAAGGAAUUAACCGCAUCUUGGUGGCAAUACAGGCAAGAGUACCAAGGCAUUGACGACGAUGGGACAGAAAUACCUACGUUCUUAAACGACGAUUAUAUCACCAGUAAUAAACCAUAUCUUCCUAAGUUAACCGGCACGAUUCUUGCGUUCCAAUUGUACCACUACCUAAUGGAGUCCACGGAAGUGAGAUACGACCUGAUAGAGGGAAAACAAACAAAAGCUGACUUUAUAAAAAUGAUUCACCACGGAGGUAGCGAUGAUUGGUCAAGAGUGAUCAACACUUUCUUGGAAAUAGACGAGAUAUCACCUUACUCGCUUGUAUCGUUCUUCUCUAUGUUGGAAGAUCUGAUAGACACGUUAGACGAAGACUUCGAGUACAGAGCGGCGACCGGUAAAGAGUCGGAGCUACAGGAAUUAGAAAAGAGGAUCAUCGAGGAAGUUAAUGCCCCCACGACGACCAGCACAGCGCGUACCACUGUCGCGAAGAGGAAAAUGACGACGGCGAUGCCCCCCAAUAAACAGAACGACGGAAAAAGCGAUACGAAUGCGGUAGCUGGUAGCGAUAAGAGCUUAGAUUCUAAGUCAUCCGUGCACGCGACGGAGGAGAAGUCGGCGAACCAUAAAACGUUACAAUCAGAAUCGUCAACUAAAGUUCCUUUUAACGAGUCAUUAUACAAUAGUAUAGAAGAAGACGAUGAACAAGACAAUAAACCAAAGAUAAAUACUAGUAAAGCGGUGUGGGCGGUUGGAGCGGUGCUCUUAGCGACGAUAGUGAUUUGCGUGAUAGCGAUUUUCGGCCGACGGAGAUGUCGUAAAACGCCAAAAAAUAGACGAUACGUUUAACAGCCGUACGCUCGGAGCAUAGAGGAAGCAUAUUUCGGUGAUUAUAUAGAAUCGUACACAUCUCGCAGAUUUCAAUUGUAUUGAAAGACGUUAUGAAAAUCGAUGCACCGAUUCAUUUCGUGUACGAACGUGAUCGUUGCUCGCUUCUCGACAAUUUUGUAUCGUAUUAUUUUGAUGGUAUUGUUUGUAUUCUGACAAUAGAAUGCAUUGUAUUAAGAAUACUUUUGUAAAUACGUAUCUUGGAAAUUAAAGCAGAGCAGUGUUUGUAUUCGUACGUGAAGUGAAUCAGGACAUUGAUCUGAACAUAUUUCAAGAUCACUGAAGUCGACAAGAUAGACGUUAUUCCAUAUAAUUGUUGCAUAUUUAUUCUUUGCAUUUAGAUCGUAAGUCUUUUUUUUUAAUCCAAAUACAUCAUCGCGAAGCCUGUCAUCUAGGACACUAACCAAUUCGCAAUAUCGAGACAUUGCACAUUCCUUACGCUGCUCAUUGUUCAAGGAAAACGAUAUUCUCGUCACAGUUUCUCAGGUCAAUGAGCGAUUCAUGCAGGAGAGAAUGUCCAAGAAAAUUCAUUGAAAUUUCGAAGAUGAAGACACGGGGAAAAGUUGGAAUCAUUUGUUCUACCAAUUCGUCAUCGAAGUGUAAUUUAAACUGCGAUAUGCGUAUGUACGUAUGCAUAGUUUAGCCGCUUGUCUUACGAAUUUUUCUUUCUUUGCGUUCGAUGGCGCGAAAUUUUUCGCGCCAUUUCGCUUACACGAGUCAACGAGCAGGUUCGAACCUGCCCAACCCGGAAUCGACCAAUGAGAGCACAGUCGUGCGAUCGGACGUGUCGCCAUUGUUAUAUUUUACUCAGAUUACUAAAAAUAAAUAUUGAUAGGAUGUUACUGUAAGAUAAGAGGUUAAUACUGUUCCAAGACGAAAAUGAUAUAUAUUUGUUUUUGUUUGUAUAUUCGUACCGAAUCGCCCAUAAAUAGAACGCGAGCGUAGCGUCAAAGAUUAUUCUACCAUGCCAAGUACAACAGUGUUUCCUGCACAAGUACGCCAAACCAAUUGAAAAAAAAA